AGCGUCCGCUUCCCAGACAUGGCUGCAAACGUUAUCCCAGUGCUGAUGGAGUUCCUCAGUGACAACAACGAAGCAGCAGCUGCUGAUGUCUUGGAGUUUGUGCGGGAAGCGAUCCAGCGAUUUGAUAACCUCAGACCUCUUAUUGUUGAGAAGAUGCUUGAAGUCUUUCAUGCUAUUAAAUCUGUCAAGAUUUAUCGAGGAGCUUUAUGGAUCCUUGGAGAAUAUUGCAGCACCAAGGAAGAUAUACAAAGUGUAAUGACAGAAGUUCGCAGAUCACUUGGAGAGAUCCCAAUAGUAGAAUCUGAAAUCAAGAAAGAAGCUGGUGAGCUAAAACCUGAAGAAGAGGUGUCUGUGGGUCCAGCCCAAAAACUGGUGACAGAGAUGGGCACUUAUGCAACACAGAGCGCUCUCAGUAGUUCCAGACCUGCCAAAAAGGAAGAGGACAGACCUCCCUUACGAGCAUUCCUACUUGAUGGUGAUUUCUUUGUGGCAGCUUCCCUUGCUACAACUUUAACUAAGAUUGCUUUACGAUAUGUAUCUCUAGUCCAGGAGAAGAAGAAACAAAAUUCCUUUAUUGCUGAAGCUAUGCUGCUGAUGGCCACUAUUCUCCAUUUGGGAAAGUCUUCUCUUCCCAAGAAGCCAAUUACAGAUGAUGAUGUGGAUCGGAUUUCCCUGUGUCUGAAAGUUUUGUCAGAAUGUUCUCCUCUCAUGAAUGAUAUUUUCAACAAAGAGUGCAGGCAGUCCCUCUCUCAUAUGCUGUCAGCCAAGCUAGAAGAGGAGAAACUUUCCCAGAAGAAAGAAUCUGAGAAGAGGAAUGUGACGGUUCAGCCAGAUGAUCCCAUUUCCUUCAUGCAGCUUACUGCUAAAAAUGAAAUGAGUUCAAAAGAAGACCAGUUUCAGCUUAGCCUUCUUGCAGCCAUGGGAAACACACAGAGGAAAGAGGCUGCUGAUCCUCUUGCAUCCAAACUUAAUAAGGUGACUCAGCUGACGGGUUUCUCGGACCCCGUCUACGCGGAGGCGUACGUCCACGUCAAUCAGUACGACAUCGUGCUGGACGUGCUGGUGGUGAACCAGACCAGUGACACCCUGCAGAACUGCACCCUGGAGCUGGCCACGCUGGGUGACUUGAAACUUGUGGAAAAACCAUCUCCUCUGACACUUGCUCCACAUGAUUUUGCAAACAUUAAAGCUAAUGUCAAAGUUGCUUCAACAGAAAAUGGAAUAAUUUUUGGUAAUAUUGUGUACGACGUGUCGGGAGCAGCCAGCGACAGGAACUGCGUGGUCCUGAGCGACAUCCACAUCGACAUCAUGGACUACAUCCAGCCCGCCGCCUGCACCGACGCCGAGUUCAGGCAGAUGUGGGCAGAGUUUGAGUGGGAAAACAAAGUUACAGUGAAUACAAAUAUCGUUGAUCUAAAUGAAUACUUGCAGCACAUACUGAAGUCAACCAAUAUGAAAUGCCUGACUCCAGAGAAGGCGCUUUCGGGUUAUUGUGGCUUCAUGGCAGCCAAUCUUUAUGCACGUUCCAUUUUUGGAGAAGAUGCCCUUGCAAACGUCAGCAUUGAGAAGCCAAUUCAUCUUGGACCAGAGGCACCUGUCACGGGGCACAUACGGAUCCGGGCAAAGAGCCAGGGAAUGGCUCUGAGUCUUGGAGAUAAGAUCAAUCUGUCUCAGAAGAAAACAAGUUUAUAAACUUUACCUAAUGUAUUUUCAGGUCUUUUACAAUUUAACCGUAGGUAUGUGGCUUUUGGGAUCCAGAACAUCUUAUAUUCUUCAGUGUUCUGUAACUGUAGAAGCCAAGCUUUUGAGCCGAAAGCAUUCCAGCAGAUAAUUUAUAGGUUCUCCAUGAUUGAUACUGAGCAAAACUUUACAUCUCCAGGAUUUUUUCUUUGUCCUGGAGGUCAUGUUUUCUUUGUCUCUAAUAUAUACUGAUGCUCACAGUACAAUAAACAAAUUAUGCCAG